AGUUACAAAAUAAUUGAGUUGAUCGGCGUGAAGCUGUCAACCAUCACGUUAGUUGUUCGUUCCACUCAAUUAAUCAAAUCCCAAAAGUAGACGCGCAGACCCCUCCACUUGGCCACACAUUCUCUUUGUAGUCUACCAUCAGAUCCCCUGCCACCAAAUUGUUUGACCACCGCAGCCGCAGCCGCAACAAACCCUCUUCCCCAAUUUUCUCUAUCCUCCAUCCUAUGAAUAACUCCAUGUUCAGAGACGUUUCGAGCUGCAACACAUACAACUAUGGCGAUUCCCUGUACUGGGACGCUCGUUACAUUCAAGAAGCUGGCUCUUUUGAUUGGUACCAGCGUUACUCUGCUCUUCGCCCCUUUGUUCGCAAAUUUGUUCCCACUUCUUCUCGUAUUCUUAUGGUUGGUUGUGGAAAUGCCGUCAUGUCGGAGGACAUGGUGAAGGAUGAAUAUGAGGAGAUUAUGAACAUUGACAUUUCAACAGUUGCCAUUGACAUGAUGAGAAGGAAGCAUGCACAUAUACCUCAACUGAAAUUUUCCUUAUCUUGUCCUGUAGAUAUGCAGAUGGAUGUUAGAGAUAUGAGUGUUUUCCCAGACGAUUCAUUUGGCAGUGUUAUUGAUAAAGGGACUCUUGAUUCUUUGAUGUGCGGAACUGGAGCUUCAAUAAGUGCUUCUCAGAUGUUGGGUGAAGUCAGCAGGCUACUUAAGCCUGGUGGAGUAUAUAUGUUGAUUACCUAUGGUGAUCCAAAUGUGAGGAUGCCUUAUCUGAGCAGAUCAGUAUAUAAUUGGAAAAUCGAACUGUAUAUUAUACCAAGACCCGGAUUUGAAGGGUCAGCUGUCGCUUCCAUUAAAUCAAGCUUGGAACCCAUCCCUAUGUCUGAGAAUGGUGAUCUUCCAUCUGACUUUGCCUUGAAAGAUCCAGAUUGUCACUUCAUAUAUAUCUGCAGAAAGAAUCCUCUGAAAGAUGAAUGAGGAGUCAAAUUUCAGAACCUGGUAGAAUGUUUAACCAAAUUUCAUUCCCCAUACAUACAUAGUCAUUAGGUUUUGUUGAUGUAUCAAUCAUUGUAACAUUAGAUGUGUAUAAUUCUUGCUGCGGAGGAGUUGAAGAUAAAUGGAAUAAGUGCAGCCUAUUUUUCAGAGCUGAAAAAGGAGUAUUCAACCUACAGUGCUGGACUAUUGGACUAGCAUAUUGUUUCUUAGUUAUGUGAAACUUAUGUGGUGUGGAUUUCUGAAUCAUUCAAGCUUUGACAUGCUUUUUUUAUGAUGUGAUAUCUUUGUGUUAAAAAUUUGUGAUUGUAAUCUCAUAAUCUGCAACCUUCAACAUGAAAGAGAGAGUUGUCAUGAAUGAAUGUCACCUCUGUAAAUCAAUGUAUUGCGUGUUUGUUUUUAA